GUCAAAGCUAAAGCACACGCUAAUAAGACGUUAAUAACGAAAGAAAAAAGUGUAAAUUUAGCAAUUUUAUUGAUGAGGGGUGUGUGUUUUAAAGAAAAUAAAAGUAGUUAGUUGUUGGUAUAAAAAUAAAAUUCGCAUAAUAUUUAAGCAAUAAAAAAUAUUAAUAAAUGAAAAAAUAUUUUCAAGGUUGUUAAUUUGUUUUUUAAAUAAAGAAAAAUAAAUAAAUUUAGUGAAAACACGAGUUGUGUGUCUAUCUUCAAUUUAUUAGUGAGUGCGUACGUGCGUGUGUAUUUAAAGUGUAAAUUUAACAAUAAUUAUUAAUUGACAAAAGAAAAAAGAAUAAACCUUAAAAAUGGAACGUAUUUUGCGUGGUAUCAUGCGUUAUCGCAAUACAACACGUGAGCAAAUGGUACGAGAAUUUCAAAAAGUUCGUGAUCAUCCAGAGCCCAAGGCCGUAUUUUUCACUUGUAUGGACAGUCGUAUGAUACCGACCCGUUACACUGAUACACAUGUUGGCGAUAUGUUUGUGGUACGUAAUGCUGGUAAUUUAAUACCACAUGCCCAACAUUUUCAAGACGAACAUUAUAGUUGCGAACCUGCUGCCUUAGAAUUGGGUUGUGUAGUCAAUGAUAUACGUCAUAUUAUAGUUUGUGGUCAUAGUGAUUGUAAAGCCAUGAAUUUAUUAUAUCAAUUAAGAGAUCCAGAAUUUGCCUCCAAGCGUAAUCGCCGUUUGUCACCCUUAAGGGCUUGGUUGUGUACUCAUGCCUCUACUAGUUUGGAAAAAUUCGAAGAAUGGGUGGAAAAAGGCAUGAGUGAUCCUUUACUGUUUUCUUCCGAAACACCACUAAGACGUUUUGUGGCAUAUAUUGAUCCUGAAAAUAAAUUUGCCAUCGAGGAUAAACUCUCUCAAAUUAAUACUUUAGAACAAAUGUCGAAUAUUGCCUCAUAUGGUUUUUUGAAGGCCCGUCUGGAAUCUCAUGACUUGCAUAUUCAUGCUUUAUGGUUUGAUAUUUAUACGGGAGAUAUUUACUAUUUUAGUCGUGGUGCCAAACGUUUUAUACCCGUCGAUGAGGAUACUGUUGAUAAGUUAACUUCGGAAGUUAGAAGAUUUUAUUCUUGAAAGGAGGAGAAUUAAAAAGAAGGCAACAUUACGGGGGUUUAUAAAAGGCAUACAUGGGAGUAGUUAAUUAUAUCGAUUAAUUAAUUGACGAUUUCAUUAGCAUUAAAUUGAAAAAAAUUAUAAUUAUUUUUUUUCAUUAGCAUUAUUUUGUCUAAUGGUAAUGGUUUUUAAUGAAACGAUUUCAUUAGUAAUUUUUUAAAAAUAAAUUUUCAUUACCAUUAUUCAAUGGAUUUUAAAAAUGUUCGAACAUUAGUUCUAAUUUCAAAAUUAAUUUCGAAUAUCCGAUGUAUUGUCAUUAGGUGAAAUCAUGUAUGGCAAAUUUCAGCACAUUCGGAUUAGAAAAACUAGUUUUAACAGCUUUAAAAAUUUUUCGAACACGAGUUCGAAUUUUCGAAAUUUUUUUUUAGGUUUUUAUGACACAGAGAUUAAUUUAAAAACAUAAAAAAAUUUCGAAAAUAUCUUCGAAAUUUCGAACUUAAUUUUGAAUAUUCGAACAUAUUAUUGUAUUGUCAUCAGAUGUACUUAUGACUGCAAAAUUUCAGCCAAUUUGGGCUACGGAAACUGGUUUUAAAAGCUUUCAAACCUCGAAUCUUCGAAAAAUUUUCCUUAAUAUAUUUUUCGACAAUUAUAAAUACUAAUUAAAUUUGUUUUUGAAAAUUCAUUAUCAAAUUCAUUACCAUUAUCAAAAAAAGUUAUAAUGAAAAAAAUAUAAUUUUCAUUAAAUGGUACUUAAAAUAUUUUUCAUUACAAUUUUUUUUAUAAAUGGUAAUGAAAUUUUAAUGCUUAAUGAAAAAUUCCCAUGUAUGAUAAAAGGGAAGUCUGUUGUAAAAAACUUUAUCCUAAAGGGCGCUAGCAAAGUACUAAGGAUUAAUGCCUAUUGCUUUUAAAGAAUCAUUCGAGAUGGAUAGGAAUAGGGAGAGAGUGGUAUGAGUUUCGAAAGGAUUCAAUUGAAAGUUUGUUUUAAGGUUAUGGACUGAUCUAUAGUCAAUACUAUGGACUGAUCUAUAAAUCUUGACUAUAUACUAUAUACAGAUAUAUAGUCAAGA